UAAAGUUGUUGGUUAUUGGCAAACAUAAAAGUCAAUAUUUACUUAGUGAACUAGUCAAAAUUAGUCAUCCAAGAACAUGGCGGCGUGGCCUGUGGAAAAGUUUCAACUCGAUGAUGAUGGUGAUAGAAGUGACACGUUUGACAGCAUAUUUUUGACUGAUGAUUUACAAGAUUGUAUCGAUAAUUUCGAUCUACCUGCUUUGGGAAAAGUUUUCGAACAGGAACCAGUGUAUACAACUUCGAAACUCUCGGAGGAAAAUAAGCCUGAAACAUCCAAUUACAUUGGAAAACUCGAAGGACAUGACGAAAAUGCAGGGUACAUUCACCAUACCAUCAGUUCAGACCAAAUAUACAUGCACAUCAAUCCAGGAAAUAAUGAUCUCAUGCCUGAAAAUCCCUCCCAUGCGACUAUCACGAUUGAAACAACGGACCCAGCUACAAACAGAAAAGAAAUUAAAAGGUAUACCUGUGAAUAUGAUGGAUGCAGUCGUACUUACAGUACUGUUGGAAACCUUCGCACUCACAUGAAAACUCACAGAGGUGAGUUCAGGUUCAAAUGUUCAGAACCAGGAUGUGGCAAAGCAUUUCUGACAUCUUACAGCUUAAAAAUCCACAUACGUGUUCACACUAAAGUAAAACCAUUUGAAUGCAACCAUGAGGGAUGUGAAAAAGCUUUCAAUACACUUUAUAGACUACGUGCACACCAGCGGUUACAUACAGGUAAUACUUUUAAUUGUGAAAGCCAAGGAUGUCUUAAGUUUUUUACUACUCUUCAUGAUCUCAAGAAACAUGUGCGGACUCACACACAAGAGAGGCCUUACAAGUGCCAAGAAGAAGGCUGUGGGAAAGCUUUUACUGCCAGUCAUCACUUAAAGACACACAAUCGAAUUCAUACAGGUGAAAGACCAUAUUCCUGUUUAAAGACAGAUUGUCUUCGCUCCUUUUCAACAUCUCACAGUUUGAAAUCACAUACACGGCGACAUGAACAAGCUAGUGAUUCUAAGAAUGAUGUUAAUAAUGAAACGGGUGAUGACAUGGAUGAUACGUCUGAUGAUCCAGAUAAUGAUGACAUGAAGUGUAGUAAUAUCGGCCAGUUGAGUAAUGUGGAAGACAGUGACUCUAUGACGGGGGAUAACAAUGUUUCAGCAUUCAUCAUUCCUUUUACGGAUAAUAAUAUGCAAGCUAUCAAUAAUGGUAGAGAUACAAUGGAGGUUGAAGGCAUAUUUACAAGCCUUUUUCCAAAUUCAUCUACAGAAACUGAUCCCCAGUCACAGAGUCUUCAUACUGUGAUAAGUUUUUCUCCGGUGACUGGUGAAGUUCAAAAUAUAGAGUUCCCUGCAACAAAUGAUGCCUGCACUGCUUCGUCCUUCACUUUACCUGCUAAAAGCCAUACUGGCAACAGAGAAGAAAUUGGAGCAAUAACUCUAAUGCCUUCUGUUCCAAUUAGUGACAGUAGUAAGCCAGAGGUUUCUGAGAUGAUUUUACCUGAUUUAGAAGUAGCUGUUCAUAAAGAUUCUGUCAAUACCAACAAUUCUUCAAAUACAAUUUCAGAAGAAAGUCAUAUUGUAACAAACAGAAAUGUGGCAAAUAUUUUAAGCCUUUUAUCAGCAAAUGGACAAAUUCAAGAAAUACAGUUGACUGCUUCCUCAGAUGAUAACGAUCCAUCCCAGAGUGUGUUUGAAGCAUCAGGAAAAACUGCAAUUGAUAUAAUAAAAAUGUUGUCAGCUUCUGGGCAAAUUCAAGAUAUACAUUUGUCAGGACCAAUGUUACCAAAGAAGAGUUCAGAUACAGCUCAGUGUAGUAGCUCAUUAACAGUGGAAAAUAACAACACUUCGCAGACGCCUCAGGAUUUAAUGGUGAUGCUAAAUUCUUUUAUUUCAAAAUCUGAAGAACAUUGUGUUAAAGGCAAUUCGCCAAUAAAUAUAUCAUCAGAAAAGGGCACAGUUGUGAGUACUGCAAUCACAAAUCUUCCCUUUCAGCCCAAGACUCUUACUGUUGGCAAUUCAGAUAUGCAAGAAGAACUGCCAAAUCAGUGGAUUGAUGUAAUGGAGUGUAGUGCCUUAGUUAAUACAUCUAAUACAUCUGCAUAUGAAUCAGGCUGUAUGAUAAUUAAUUCUGCUAGUAAUGUAGACGAAUCAUCUGGUACUCCUACUCAGUUAUGCGAGUCAGAUUCUGUCAAUAAGUCUGGAGCUCUAGUCUCAGAAAUCACUCGAGUACCUUUUAAUCAUAGUAGCCGGAAUGUCCUGAAAGACAUCACUGCAGAUGCAGAGAUUUGUAGGUGUAAUCCUUGCAAAUGCUCAGUUUCAGGUCAAGAAUGUCACAACUGCAGUGCAAAUGUACAUAGUGUACAAGAAGAAUUGCCUGUCAAAGCUAGUCACAACUUGGAACCUGGAGGGGAAACUUGGGCUUCCAUUAGAAAAGACUGCAUUGUAAACAAUCACACUGAUGCUCAUAGAAGUACCAAAUUAAUAGAUAAACAUGUAUUACCUAGCAAUAAUCAGUCUUUAAACUGUAGCUCCUUUGUAAUUGUUGACACAGCUAUUAAUUCAAAACAAAAUAAUAUUGAAUCCACAGCACCAUUUAAUUCAUUACUUCAAGGGAAGGAAGUAACUAAAAUGUUCAUGAGUAAUGAACCUGCCAGUGACGCCCUCCCAAACUGGAAUGGAAAGGAGGGAGCAUUGUCUAGCAUAGCUAGAACGCACUCUGACACCAAUUCCCAAAGUCAGAAGACUGAUAGUGAUAUUAUUAAUAAUAAUGAUAGUUCUAAUGAUACUAGCAAUAAUAGUGAUAACACUCAAACUCGUGAUAGAAUUCCAGUUAAUUGCAAGUGUUGCAAAUCAGGUUGCAAUUCUCAGAGUAGCGCAAGUGAUCAAGACUGCUGUGUUGUUGUAUGCCUUAAGACUUUAGAACAGUUGAAGAAAGUGAUACAAAUGGGUUGCUGUUCUGGAGCUGGAAAUUCCUUACGCGCCUUGGCUACACAAAUUUCUUCAGCAUCUAAUUGCUGUUCUCAUAAAGAUAAAAAUUCCUAGAGGUUGACUUACUAAUUUUAGAGAAUUAUUGUUCAUAGUAAGUUUAUGCAUUUUCAUGACAAAUUAAAUACAAAUCAAUAUUUGAAUAAUUCACCCCUUUAAUGCUACAGUGUAUUGCACUAAAGUGUACUUUAAUGGAAUAGAAAUAUGUGCAAUCAUUACGAAAGUUUGUGAGGUGAAAAACUUUUAAAGAGUUCUUUUAUAUUUCAACAAUUCCUCUUUAACAUUCUAAAUCAUGUAUUAAUUCUGAUGAAGAUACUUAGUGACAGCUAUCUUGUAUAAUAUCAGUGCAUGCAUUUAGAAUAGCUCAUUUGUCAGGCAUAUGACCUAGCAUUGCUGAAUAGAACUUAAAAGUUCAAAGUUGAUUAGUUGAAAUCAAGAAUUCCAUGGCAAUAAGAAAUAAAAAGAUAUUUAAUUUUUUCUGUUCCAUAAAUAUUGGUAAGAAUGAAUCUACCAAACUUCUAUGUCAAAGAAAAAAUAUUAUAUAAAUAUUUAAUUACAACUGAUAAUCAACUUUCAUUACUUUUUUUUUUUGACUGAUGGUUAAUUAUUCAGUGCUAUUACCUCACUACUUGAUGAGAAAAUGUAUUUAGAAGUACCCUUCCAACUCAUUCUACAAGAUUUUGCAUUUUAAUAGCAUGCAAUGUGACUGAUGGAAAAGAUCAGUAAAUGGCCUCCCUGUAUGAUGAGUGUGUGAAUCUGAGUCCAAAUGCUAAUGCUCGAAUAUAUCCAGUCGUGUAUUAAGUAGCUCCGAAAAAAAAUUGAAAUAUCCUCAUUUCCUGAUAAAAUUUUGAUUGAAACUGAGAGUGGUUUCAUUAUGAAAGCUUGACUGUGAUAGAGAAAACCUUUUCCUUCCAACAGCAGCCCCAGAAGAGAACAUAUUUUCAAAUAUUGAGCUUGGAUGUAGAAAUGCUGGAUAUCGAGCUGGGUAUUUUGCUUACAGAAAUGAUGUUAUUUAUACACAAGGUCAUGAAAACUACAAAGUUAUAGGGAAGUAUAUAAGUUUGAUAUACUUGACCGUUAUGAUGUUUUGUUAAUUUCUUACAAUUAUUUUGAAAAAAAGUAUAUGAAGUGAAACAUUUCCAUUUGCCCAUAUUGAGCUCAUAUUUUGUGUUGACUUCGGAUGUUGUUAUGAAAUUUUCUAUUGAAACUUUAUAUUGAGGAGUUCUACAUUAAACUCAAUCUUUUUGACUGUACUAAAUAAUUUGAAUUGAUGGUAGGUGCAUUACAUUAUUAGUACUUUCAUGAGUUCAGUUAAGAACUUUUAAGAGACAGCCAUUGCUGUAAGUGAUAGAGUAAUAGGUUUAUGGAUCGUUUGUGAUAUGUACUGUAACUAAGUUUUUUUAUCAUUGCAGAUUUAAAGUAGUUAACUAGAUUUUUUAAGUUAAAAAUUGUAAAUUUUAAUUUAAUACUCAUUUUAGAAUUCAAAAUUUACAAAUAUGAAAAAUAUUAUGACCUCAUUCAAAGGAAAUAUUGUUGAUAUCUUUUUUCUUCCAAAAUAUUUCAAAUUUACUGAGAGAUAUUUUGUGGUUUUCUUUGUUCCUAUUGUACAAGGCUGUUUCAACAAAUUGAAGAGGUCUCUUGUUGAGGCAUUACUUAUCUUAAUUAUCACUUAUGUGUUCCUGUUGUAGCUAGAAGAAAGACACAAAUAAUAUCAUUUUUAUAGUGUUAUGGAAACUGAAUAACAGAAGAUGUAUGUUUAGGAACGGAAAAAAGAUGAGGUUGUGUUUAUUGUUACACUAUAGAUAUAUAAUUUAUAUUGUGUUUUUUCUUCAUAUCUUUAUUGGGUCAUUUAUCUAUAUGUAUGUCUGAGACAUAAUCUAAAGGCCAUAUAUGAAUGAUUCUUAGCUAGUCAUUAUAUGCAACAUACUGUUUCAUUGACUAAAUUUUGAUUGAAUUUGAAAUUCUACUCUUUCAUUUUGUAAUACAAAUCAAAAUUAUUUACUAACAGUACAAUGUGCCUUAUUUACCACGUAGUCUUGUUAUUAUACUUGUGUUGAUGUUUGUAUAUUUUAAUUAUUACUAUGGAUGUAAUAGAAGAGAAUAUUUUAUCGUGUGCCUGUAAAUACCAUGCAGUAUUUUAAUAUGUUAUAUUUAUAUACA